UUGUUUAAUACAAAUGGGCCAUCGCUGGGUCGUUCCUGAAGGUCACUGUUUUACCCAUGGUGAUGGCGUGACCAGUUUAGUAUUGUGUGUCAAACCAUACUUAGUGUUCCACAAUGAUUAGCAAAGGGGUGUUUGUCAUUGUAAUGAUGUUGGAUACCUUUUCAAGCAUUCUGCCACUCCAGAAAUAGUACCAGGUAGUGUUGAAGACGUCUGUCUUACUCGCUUUGUCAAGUUGUGGACCAAUUUUGCUAAAUUUGGAAAUCCGACUCCAGAUAAGAAUGACGAUUUGCUGAAAGUCGUGUGGAAACCUGUAACGGAUGCCAAUGUGGAUUUUCUUGAAAUUGGGAAAGAAUUGGAAGCCAAGUCGAAUCCAGUGACUGAAAGACUGCUGCUCUGGAAACAGGUGUUUGCUGAAAGUUCAGCUGGAAAGAAACAGACUGAUGCUAUUUGAAGGGCUCAAAAUAAAUGUCUUUACAACACAUACAUUGAUUGGAUUUUAAACAAUAAAUAUUAUCCCGGCGAAUCCGCCAAAUACAUAGGUAUAUUUAUCAAAAUAAAAAAAAAAAUCAAGAGAAUCAUGUUGGUACCAAAAUUCUGAAAAUACCCCAGAAGUGACAUUUCGAAUUGCUUAAAUUGGUUGAUUUUUAGUACUAAAGCAAUUAAUAUGAAUUUUUCCACCUCAAACAUUAACGGAAAACUGAAACAUUAAUAUUUUAUUAUCAGACGACACACUCUCCAUUGUAGGUUAUGCAACACAAUAUACACGAUUGAUAGAAGUUCAAUUGAGAUUAUUAUACAUAGAAUGAUAUUUUUGCUCCACUUUUGACCCCCAUUUACUUCAUUAACUACAUGUAUGAUGUUCGGAGAAGUAGAAAACAUGAGGUCAACUUAUUAAUGCGUUCAAUUAAAAAGGAUGAAUCGAUUAUAAGUAAUUAUUUGCUAAAUAAAUAAGAAAAACCUGUAUAUCGUACUAAUAAGUAAACACGAAGCGACUUAUAAUUAAAAAUAUCUAUCUUUGAGCAUCGAUAUCAGAAUACUAGGUAAACAUAGUUUUGCGUGUCAAACAGUACAAAGAAUGACUCAACUUGAAGUUACAAUCCCUCAAGGAACGUUGCGUGGUUCUACAGCCACGGAUCUCCAUGGCAACCCCUUCCUGAAAUUUCAGGGAAUUCCAUACGCCAAACCUCCACUAGGCGACCUUAGGUUCAAGGCACCCGUUCCUCCCGAAAAAUGGUCCGGCGUUUUCGAUGCCACCAAAGAGGGCGGUAUUUGCUACCAAUCAAAUCUUUUCAAAAAAGGAGUCCUUGUAGGAACUGAAAAUUGCUUAGUUCUGAACGUCUACACCAAAAGACUCCCCAGAGACGACAAAAAUCUGCGUCCGGUCAUGUUCUGGAUCCACGCUGGAGCGUUCCUUUGGGGGCACGGCGGCGAAGAAUUCUACGGACCGGAUUACCUUAUUACCGAAGACGUGGUUGUGGUUACCAUCAACUAUCGUCUAGGUCUUUUCGGGUUUAUCAGUUUUGACGAUGCUUCUUUAGAUAUACCAGGGAACGCCGGUUUGAAAGACCAAGUCAUGGCUUUAAGAUGGGUCCAGGAGAAUAUCGACAAGUUUGGUGUAGAUCCUAAUAAUGUAACUAUUUUUGGUCAGAGCGUUGGUAGUGCUUCAGUCCAUUUGAUGGUACUGUCACCUUUAGCAAAGGGGCUUUUCCAUAAAGCUAUAGCGCAGAGUGGGUGUGCUACAUGUCCAUGGGUUCGAGCGAGCAAAGGGGCGAAACGUGUGGCUGAAGUAAUGGGUCUUGAAGGGACAGACGAUAAAACUGUUUAUGACACUCUAGUAAAGAAAUCAACCGAAGAGGUUCUAGAAAUUCAAAAUAAAAUGGACGAGGAAAUCAUACCUUACAAACCGAGGUAUGUAGGUUUCGUCAUAGAAACAAACUCGAAAGAACCGUUCCUGGUAGAAGAACCCGUUAAAAUUAUGAUGUCUGGCAAAUUCAACCAGGUACCAUUUAUAAUAGGGCACACUACUUUAGAGGGCGCUAUUCUUGACAUGUUGAAAAUACAAACUCAAGCUGAGGCCCCAGAUUUCGAAAAACUUAUUCCAUGGUCGUUUGGUUAUGAAGUGGGUUCUCCUGAAUCCAAAGCUGUGGCUACUAAGAUAAAAAAAUUUUACUUUGGCGACGAAGAAUAUUCCCGGAAGCUUCUAAGAAACAAAUAUGAGGUUUUGUCUGAUAUUUACGGCAUUUAUGACGUUUAUGUUACAACAAUCAUUCAAUCCGCCAUUUCUAAAGCACCUACUUACAUCUACAGGAUGUCCGUCGAGACCAAGCUAAAUUUCUUAAAAACGCAUCUGAAGAUUCAAAUUCCAGGUGUUUGUCAUUGUGAUGAUCUUGGAUACCUUUUUAAGCAUUUUGCCACUCCGGAAAUAGUGCCUGGUAGUGUUGAAGACGUCUGUCUUAAUCGCUUUGUCAAGUUGUGGACCAAUUUUGCCAAAUUUGGAAAUCCGACUCCUGAUACAAAUGACGAUUUGCUGAACGUGGUGUGGAAACCUGUAACGGAUGCCAGUGCGGAUUUUCUUGAAAUUGGGAAAGAAUUAGAAGCCAAGUCAAAUCCGGUGACUGAAAGAUUGCUGCUCUGGAAACGCGUGUUUGAUGAGAGUCCAACUGGCAAGAAACGGAAUGUUGCUAAGAUGAAGGGCUCCAAAUAUCAGCGCUAUAUUCCGGUCCUUCUUCAUUACAAAAAACAAGUUUGGCAGCUCUCGCGUUGUCUAGCAGUACCUGGCAGUACGGUACUUUUGGUCACUCUGGGACAACUUCGGCGUGUGUUGCUGAAAAUGGUCGAUCACUAUGUAGUUUCUGCACGCUUGGCCGCCACAAUUUUACCCCUGGUGAUUUUUCUGAACGCAGUUCAUAGUCUGGCUCACCCUGAAGUUACAAUCCAUCAAGGGACGUUGCGUGGUUCUACAGGUACUGAUCUCCGUGGCAACCCCUUCCUAAAAUUUCAAGGAAUUCCGUACGCCAAACCUCCAGUGGGCGACCUGAGGUUCAAGGCACCCGUUGCACCCGAAAAAUGGACCGGGGUUUUCGAUGCCACCAAAGAAGGGAGUAUUUGCCACCAACGAGACGUUUUCAAAAAGGGCGACUAUGGUGGAAGUGAAAACUGCUUGUUUUUGAACGUCUACACGAAAAAGCUUCCCGAAGACGAAAAAGAUUUGCGGCCCGUCAUGUUCUGGAUCCAUGGUGGAGUGUUCAUUUUGCAGCACGGUGGUGAAGAACUGCACGGUCCCGAUUUCCUGAUUACCGAAGACGUGGUUGUGGUUACCAUCAAUUAUCGUCUGGGUCUUUUAGGAUUUAUCAGUUUUGACGAUGCUUCUUUAGAUAUACCAGGGAAUGCGGGUUUUAAGGACCAAGUCAUGGCUUUAAAAUGGGUCCAGAAGAAUAUCGACAAGUUUGGUGGGGAUCCUAACGAUGUUACGAUCUUCGGGCAGAGCGCUGGUGCGGUUUCAGUCCAUCUGAUGGUACUGUCGCCUCUAGCGAAAGGACUUUUCCACAAAGCUAUAGCCCAGAGUGGAAGUGCUAUAAAUCCAUGGGUUCAAGCUCGCAAAGGGGUGAAACGCGUGGCAGAAGUAAUGGGUCUUGAAGGGGCAGACGACAAGACCGUCUUUGACGCUCUAACGAAAAAAUCAAAAGAAGAGAUUUUAGGACUUCAAGAAAAAAUGGACGAUGAUUUAGAACCCUAUACACCGCGAUACAUAGGUUUAGUCAUUGAAACAAACUCGAAAGAACCGUUCAUGACUGAAGAACCCAUUAAUAUUAUGAAGUCUGGAAACUUCAGCCAGGUACCGUUUUUGACUGGGUACACUUCUCUAGAGAGCGCUAUUCUCCACCUAUUGAGCAAAUCUGAGGUCCCAGAUUUCGAGAAACUUAUUCCAUGGUCCUUUGGCUAUGAAUUUGGUUCUCCUGAAUCUAAAGCCGUUGCUGCAAAAUUGAAGAAAUUUUACUUUGGUGACGAAGAAUACUCCCAGAAACUUUUAAAACAAAAAUACGACGCUUUGUCUGAUAUUUACUUCCUUUAUGGAAUUUAUGAUACAAUAAUGACUCAAUCCGCUGUUUCCAAAGCUCCCAUUUAUCUGUACUGGAUGACUCUCGAAACCAAGCUGAACUUGUUUAAAAUGCUUCUAGGCGUUAGGAUACCAGGUGUUUGUCAUUGUGAUGAUGUUUUUUACCUUUUCAAGAAUUUUGCCACUCCGAAAAUAGUACCUGGUAGUGUUGAAGACAUCGGUCUAACUAGGUUUGUCAGGUUGUGGACCAAUUUUGCCAAAUUUGGAAAUCCGACUCCUGAUAAGAAUGACGAUUUGCUGAAAGUGCUGUGGAAACCCAUAACGGAUCGUAAGAUGGAUUGUCUUGAAAUUGGGAAAGAAUUACAAGCCAGGUCAAAACCGGUGACUGAAAGUCUGCUGCUCUGGAAACAAGUGUUUGCUGAAAGUCCAGCUGGAAAGAAACAGAAUGAUGCUGUUUGAAGGGAUCCAAAUAAAUGUCUUUACAACAUAUACAUGACUGAAAAAUACCUCAGAUUGUUUUUUUUCAGUACUAACCUACCCAUCUUUUAAUACUCAGCAAUGUAGGUUAUGCAACACAAUAGGUAUGGACUAUUGGAAUGAGUCCAAUAAUAAUUGAGCAUAUUAUAUGUAUAAUUAUAAUUAAGAUAUAAUUCCUUAUACUAUACGAGCUAUUAAGCAUAAUUUAAAAGAUAGGUAUGCAUUAAAACAAGUGAUUGUACUCUGGAAUUUACGCAGUUGUUUGCUUUCUUGAAUUAUAAAGUUUUUUUGUUAUAAUCAUCUACCCAGUUUAAGGUCGAUACUCAAUCAAACAAAUAAAGGUAGAUUAAAAAUAACCUUCUGUUGUUUAGUUAGCAAACAGACAUUUCAUUACUUUCAGACUACAAUUUUCGAAAUAAUAUCCCU